CUUCAAAAGCACAAGAGACCAACUUGCCAGCUGUGAGAUCAUAUCUAAACACGAUUUUCACACCCAUAAUGAGGUUGAAAACAGUUCGCUUUAUUUUCCUGAACCCAAUGACUGGGAUGGUUUAUUUUGCAUUUCCUCAGCCAGUCUUUCCCAAUCCAUGUGACCUCAGUGAAAUAUGUGUCAGUUUUAUGGAGCAGCCCUUGGAAGUGUGGUAUGUGUGGGUCUUCCUUAUUAUCUUGCUAAUUGUCAUGUUGCGCUGUAUGGUUGGCUGCUGUCUGCAGUGCUGGAUAAAGAGACAAACACGGUUUUUAUCUAGGCGUAUGGUCACAGUGGUGACAUUAAGCAGCCCAGAAUCUGUACAUGUUGCUGAAUCGUCACAGUGUCACAGGCCCCAUCUAUGGGUUCCACAUCAGAACAUCAUGACCUCAACUUCUGGUAUUUCCUUAAGAGGACUGGAAUCAGGGGCUCCCCCUUCCUAUGAAGAACUGUUCAACAUCAGUACAAGCAAAUUCUAACUCAUUUUGUGAAGAUCAGAUUUUUAGACUAAUUACCUGGUUUUAUCUUGAAAGCCAAUAUGCACAGCGAGAGAACAUAUGUCCUCUCUAUUGGAAUAAAUUCAUUAAUUCACAAAACAUUUUAAAUGAAUUUGUGGUGAGCUAAAUUUUGUGAAGGAUGAUUGAUUCAACAUGAGAUAAUUAGAGCCUCUCUCCAUCAAGUGUAAUUGACAAUGUAGAUUUAGUUUUGAUUAGAUUUUCGAUAUAAUUAAGUGAACAAUUUAAAAGAGAAUGCUGUCCUUAGUCAUCUUUCAAACAAAACCCCAUAAGUCAAGUUUGAUGAUACCCCUACUUAAUCACACUUUUGUCUUUGAGAAUGACUGAAACUCUAAUUAAAACCACAAUUUAAAGAAAAUAGA